GGAGAAUGUUUUUCAGGGGUUGUGUUAGAGCUCGGGAGCCCCAGAGGAAAAAGCAGCACACGUCCUUGAGUGAGUGAAACCACCCAGAGCUGAGGGUCAGAUUUUCAAGGACUCAAAACCAUUAUCUGAUUCUUCAAGAGGAGGACUUCUGUGAAAAUAUUUCAGGAGAAGCUGUGUUUUUCCAUAAUUAACAAGAAGCAAAAGGGCAUCUGGCACGCAAAGGAGAGUGUAUGCAUAUAUGCUUGUGGUAAACAGGCAAAAAGAAAUUAAAGGAGGCUGAUGAUCUUGAAAAGAAAAGGUGCCUGUUUAUUAAGUGCAAGAACAGAGGACGAGGCCUCAAGGUUGUUGGUCGGUCCAUAAGAUGGUGCAUUUCUGCCCAAUCAUUCUGGAAUUCUGAGGCUCCACUGGUCUCCCAGUCAUAGUUCAUAUUAAUGUUGUCAUCACAUGAGGUAGGAGAAGAAGAUGGAGAAGACUUUGAACAGAAUUCAUCCAGUUUCUGAUCCAGAAGCAACCUAUUUUCUACAGGUGUCAUGGGAAAAGGAUUUAGGCACUGGCUUUGGUUUACUUCUUAGUGAUUGUCAGUGUGCCUGGACUGGGACAGUGUCUGAAUCAGACAUUUCUAGGGAGGCUGAUGACAUAGAAAUGAACAGAGAAAAAUAUGUGGAAGAGCUGAGGAAAGCACUGAUAGCUGGAGAAGAGUCAGCUGGCAAAUACAACUUUGUGAUUUCAAGAGAUGAGCAGAAUAAGGCCUGUCACUUCUCCUAUGAAAGGAACCUGAAAGAUGGCUCUUUCAGACUUGGAUCUCUGAAGCUGCAGGAAGUCCCAAACCCAGCAGAGGUGAUCAAAGAACUCAUUGGUUACUGCCUGGACAGCCUGGGAAAGCUGCAGGCCAAAACUGAGCAUCUGCAGAGGGAAAAUGAAAGGCUUUUCAGCAACUGCAGCGACGUGGAGAGGAGGCUGGAAAAAUGCGUGGAAGCUAAAGAGGAGCUGGAGGCAGACCUUUACAGCAGGUUUGUUUUGGUGCUGAAUGAAAAGAAGGCAAAGAUAAGAAACUUGCAGAAGUUGUUGAGUGAAGCUAAAGAAUCUGCAGCGGAUGCCAAGUGUGCAAGGGAUAGUAUCGCUGCUACUCAGAUGGUUGUAAAGAGAGAAAACGACUAUGAUGCCAGCACUGAUGAGGAAAGUGAAAAUCCAGCACGGGCCUCGUUGCCAUCAGGUAAAGGUAAUCCAGACAAGAGUGUCUUCCUGUAA